CACACACACACACCGUUUGUACGUUCUCUAUUGUCACUCGCACGCAGAAAGGAUUAUUUAUUAGACUGAUUGCUGACACGCAAAAAAGAUCGAGUUACGCGUAUUUCAAGUCUUCCAGACGAGUCAAUUUGCGCUAUGCGCUUAGCCUGAUGCUCAUGCGAGGUUCAAGCUUGAUUGUUUCAAAGCGUCGUGGAGAUUUUCUAGUUGUCGUCCUCGACAUCGUCACUGGCAAUGGGAGACGAGAAAAACGUUAUCGGAUAUUGGAUAUCCGAAAAAAAGCGUCAAAAGUUUAAUUGGGAGGAGUUUCAUGAAGAGUUUGCCAAAAAGGGAUUAUUACUGAAAUUGAUAGACAUAGAAUCAAAUCUUGAAUGCCAGGGACCAUUCCAUGUAUUUCUACACAAAUUAACUGAUAUUUUGGCUCAUGCAGAAGAUGGCAAUAAACAUGCAAAAGCCAUUAUCUCAAGAAUACAAGACUACAUUCAGAAAGAUCCACAAUUAAUAGUAAUAGAUCCUAUUGAAAAUGUACUCAAUUUGAGAAAUAGACACAAAUGUUACAAAAUGUUACGUGAUGAGUUGUUAUAUGAUGAUGAUGUGUUUAUCCCAAAUUUUACUGAAAUCAAAUCAAAAGAUGUACAAGAAAUAAUGAAUUCAUUCAAAAAAUAUCGUGUGGAUUUUCCAUGUGUUUGUAAACCUUUGAUUGCUCAUGGAUCGAGUGAUGCUCAUAAGAUGAUGAUAGUUUUUAAUGAGGAAGGACUAUUAGACUGUCAACCACCUUGUGUAGCUCACAACUUGGUCAAUCAUAAUGCUAUUCUGUACAAAAUAUUUGUUGUUGACGAACACUUCCAUGUUGUUGAGAGACCUAGCCUUAAAAAUUUCUAUUCCAAAGACUGUCAAUCAAUGAGUACAAUAUUUUUUAGUUCUCAUGAUAUUUCCAAAAGUGGCUCCAAUUCAAAGUGGUCAAUAAUUUCUGAGGAUGAGCGUAAUUUGAGUGUAAAACCAAAUUUUCAAACUUUUGAAAAAAUUGUAAAAAGAAUACGAAAGAUUUUUGGUUUGCUCUUAAUGGGAGUAGAUGUAGUAAUAGAAAAUCAUACAGAAAAAUAUGCAAUUAUUGAUGUCAAUGUUUUUCCGGGGUAUGAUGGUUACCCAAACUUUUUUCAACAGUUAGCAAGUAGUAUAAAGAAAUUGUUGAAUGAAAGGAGAACAGCAGAGUACGGUAAAUGUCCCUUUCUAAAAAAAUGCCUUAGCGAUGAUCUUGACUCUGGUUUUGAAAGCGAUGAAAAAAAGAAACUCUCUUUAUUGUAACAAAAUACUACUUAGGAUGAUACUAUGCUGAUAAAACAACUGGAUUUUAUUAAAAAUUUGCAAAAUAUUCUUAUUGGAAUAAUUAGACAGUUGUGAAAAGUAAUUAUAUAUUUUUGUAUGAAGUUGAAACAAAUUAGAUGAUUUCAUUCAUAUUGUUUAUUCGCGAAAAUAUUUUGUAUGUACUUAAAAAAAUAUAACUAAAAAGUUUUGUAAUACAUAUGUGUAUGUAAAUAUUGACAAUAGGAUUGUUAGAUGGCUAUUAAUCUAGUUUUUCUGUUGUAUUUAAUAUUUUUAUAACAAAAAAGUGCUACAAAAUGAUAUAAUUUAUUUAGAAGUUAGUAAUUAGUACUCAUAAAAUUUUUAAAACUUCUACAUGGUAAACAUUUUUGUUUUAUGAUAG